CCAUCUGAGUUUGAUUUUCACUUUUCUGAGAAAGCGAAGAAGAGAACAAGAACAGUGACUACAUAUACAUAGAGCGUAACAAGAGACCAUGACUGCCAGAUCAAGGGCACUCGCAGCAUUGCACAGUCCAACAGAGUCAGACAUCACCGCUGCUCCUGCACAACAAAUCACAGUACCUUCCGUUCGUGUCUCUGGCAAACAGUGGAAACUCCCAAAAACGGCAACAACGCGCUCUCAACUCCCGUCAUCGCGUCGCACACCCUAUGCGCUGCGUCAGCAAGAAUCGCAGCGUCAGAAGGAGGUCAAAAUAAAAGAGAGCGAGUUGCGAGCUGAAGCGAAACAAGAACUGGAGAAUCGAAAGCGUGCCAUUCAAGAGAAACGCGAGAAGCGCGAGGAGAAGGAGCGCUUUGAGAGGCUGAAGGAGAAGAUGCACAAGAAGACGGUGGAUCGUAUCAAGAAGAGGGAAAAGCGGAAUAAGCUACUGAAGGACCGCUAGUGCAAGCAUAAAACACUGUAUCGAAGAAGGGCGUGCAAUGUGUGCGCUGAACGAAGUGGGUGAGGUUCUUUGGCUGGGAUGGCGAGAUCAGGAUGCUUAGUCGACUUGCGCAAUGGACAGACUCGCUACUGCAUCACCAAGAGUCGGCGGUCGCUCCUCUCCAUUCUCCUGGAUAUGUCCACGCCCAUGACUGGCUGCAGUGCGCUCCUCAGCAGACGCAGCUUGCUCCCUCUCCGUUGCGCGCAAGUGGUUCUGUCUGCGCAUGUACGACUCAAUGA